AUGAAGAGUCUUCUCGCAUUCGCUGUAUUUCCGCUAGCAGCUGUAUAUGCUGCUUGCACUGAUCUAGACUUUGAUUACUCUGAUGUUACCGAGCACUGUGGUGAUCUCUUCAACUUUACUGGAGAUGCUGGUCUAGAGGCUCCAACAGUCGUUACCAAUGUGACUUAUAUCCCGGCAGACAAUGAGACCGACGUACCGGCCUAUUGUGAAGUAUACGGCUACAUUGAUGGGUAUACAAAGUUUGCCCUUGCGCUGCCAGCUGAAGGGAAAGACUGGAGCGGCAACUUCCAAUCUCAAGGUUGCGGUGGUAGUUGCGGUAUCUUGGGGCUAUAUUACGUCUAUGGCUACGGAUCACUUGGAUGGGCUUAUGACAUUUUGAAGAGGGGCUGGAUUGCCUCCUCUAACGAUAUGGGCCACGAAAAUGGAGCAAAUGACACUUUGUCGACAUGGUCCUUUUUCAGAAACAAUCGUACCGAGGAAUACCUCUUCGCCUCACUGUCUACACAUCAGACUGCAGUGAUGGGCAAGGCGAUGGCUGAGUUCUACUAUGGCAAGCCCGUGAAGCGUUCCUACUUCCGAGGAGGCUCGACCGGAGGUCGCCAAGCCUUGGUGGCAGCUGCCCGAUACCCUCACGACUAUGACGGUAUCAUCGCCGGAUACGCCGCCAUCAAUGAGACUGCUAUUGGUGCUAUCCAAUUUGUCUAUCUUGCUCAGGCUAGCACCUACGAAAAUGGUACUCAGAUUCUCUACCAAGAGGAUCUCAGGACUCUCAACGCUGGGGCCAUCAAGGCUUGCGACGCAAAUGAUGGACUUGUCGACGGUAUGAUUGACCUCGCAUACGAGUGUGUAUUUGACCCGUUGGAUGUGCUGUGUACCGCAAACCAAACAAGCGGGUGUUUGUCCUCCAUGGAUAAAGUCAAUGCCGCCCGAGCCAUGUACGGGUAUCCUUCAAACAACGUCACUGACAAGGUCAUCCCGGUUGCUUACCUUCCUGGAUCAGAGCUCGAGUGGUCUAUGUGGGCAGCUGACUACGCCUCGCCCAACUAUGGCGUACAUUUUGCCCAGAACUUCAGUAUCAAUGCUGCCUACCAGAAAGAUCUCCCCUGGACAUGGACCAUCAGGGACCAAGACUGGGAUACAAUGCCCUACGAGACGGGCUUUAUGGAGGAUAUAUAUUCCGCCGAUUUCACUGCUCUAAAUGUCUUCCGCGCCCGCGGAGGCAAGCUCAUCCAUUAUCAAGGUUGGGGUGACGGCAAUGUUGCCGCCGGUUGGAACUACAAUCUGUAUAAGACAUCAGCUGAUUUAAUCGGUAUCGACAACCUGGCCGAUUUCCAUCGCUUCUUCUUGUAUCCACAGAUGGCACACAUCGAUCUGAGCGACAACAGUACUGUAGCCUGGCGGGUGGACUACUACGAUCUCAUUGAGGAUUGGGUUGAGAACGGCGUUGCUCCCGACAAACUGGUUAUUGAGCGAUACAACCUGACAAGCGAGGAGACGAUUGAUUACCGACCCUACUGGCCGUACCCAUACACCAGCAACUACACAGGGUCAGGAUUGACUGGGAAUUACUCCGAUGUGGAAGACUGGGAACCUAUCUUGGUUUCGGAAUGUGAGAACUAA